UGAGCUGCUGGAUUUGAACAGUGACUUCCACGUCGAAGUUCUGACCAUUUGCAGGGAAUCCCAAAUAAAAGCAAAGGGACAGAGAGAGAGAGAUCAUCGGGAGUGGGAGAAAAUCGGCGCGCCUUUUUGUACCGCACUCUUUCUAGUUGCCACCGGAUAAUCUCUCUGGUUCUGGGUAGUUCUCAGAAAGAGGUUUUCCGGCGACGUGCCCGGUUUGCCGGCUUUGACGAGAGGGAGCUUAAUCUGGGAACUCUUAACAUUGGUGGAAGAAGACGCGUGUUUACCGCUAGACAGCUUUUGGGAGGUAGAUUUGGCAUGACCCACCUGGUGCUUUCGUUGAAAGAAAGGGAGAGUCUUUUCUUCAGUUUUUGGUCGGCUGCAGUCUGUAUAUAUGUAUAAGAAAUUAGUUUUCUGGAACCUUUCCUCUACGUAACCAGAUUCUGCCGACCAUACGCCUCGUUCUUCGGCGGCACAGAGAGAGAGAGUGAGAUUAAACCGAGUUCCCCAUAUUGCCUUCUCCAAUUCUUAGGAAAUUCUUUCCGGCAUUGAGUAGUCUUUAGAAGUUUGUUUCCUGACUACCCGUCUGUUUUUCCGGCGAUACUCCGAUCCGGAAAAUGUUGACACGGCUGGUAUGCCUAUGCUGGGCGGUUUCGUUCGCUAUGUGCGUGAACGGCUUGGGAGUCAACUGGGGGACUCAGGCAAUCCAUCCCCUGCCUCCGACGAUUGUAUCGCAGCUACUGCAGGACAACGGGAUUAAGAAGGUGAAGCUCUUCGACGCCGACCAGGCGACGAUGAGUGCGCUGUCGGGGACGGGGAUGGAGGUUAUGGUUGGCAUUCCCAACAAUAUGCUGGCCACCAUCGCCGGCGAUUACAGUGCAGCGAAGCAAUGGGUGAAGCAGAACGUCACGCGCUAUAACUUCAAUGGUGGGGUUACCAUCAAGUAUGUGGCAGUGGGAAAUGAACCUUUUCUUUCUUCUUACAAUCACUCAUUUGACAAUGUUACUUUUCCUGCUCUUCAAAACAUCCAAAAUGCUCUGAAUGAUGCUGGUCUAGGAGACAAGAUUAAAGCAACUGUGCCUCAAAAUGCUGAUGUGUAUGGCACUACUGCUGGUCCAUCUGGAGGAAAAUUUCGUUCAGACAUUAGCUCUGUUAUGAAAAGCAUCGUUCAGCUUCUAAGCAGCAGUGGUGCGCCUUUCACGGUCAACAUCUACCCCUUUAUUAGUUUGUACCAAGAUGCAAACUUUCCUACUGGCUAUGCAUUUUUUGAUGGCACUGAUACAGUCACAGAUUCUAAUGGGAUUGUAUAUAAAAAUGUGUUUGAUGCCAACUUUGAUACAUUAAUCGCGGCUCUGAAGGAUGUUGGUUUCCCCAACUUGCCAAUAAUUGUUGGGGAAGUUGGCUGGCCUACUGAUGGAGACAAAAAUGCCAAUAUGGUGAAUGCUAAAAGGUUCUAUGAUGGCCUGCUGAAGAAGUUGGCAAGCAAUGAAGGGACUCCCCAACGACCUGGAUACCUUGAGGUCUAUCUGUUUGGUCUAAUCGAUGAGGAUGCUAAGAGCAUAUCACCUGGAAACUUUGAGCGUCACUGGGGAAUUUUUGCUUAUGAUGGAAGACCAAAGUUUCAAAUGGACCUCGCUGGACAGGAUCCGACCAAGUCGCUGGUUCCAGCAAAGAAUGUGAAGUAUCUCCCUAAGCAGUGGUGUGUGAUCAGGCCAGAUGCUACCAACUUGACCGCACUGGGAGAAAAUGUUGGAUAUGCCUGUACUUUCUCAGAUUGCACAGCUCUUGGUUAUGGGUCAUCCUGUGGUGAUAUGGAUACUCAAGGGAAUGCUUCAUUUGCAUUCAACAUGUAUUAUCAAGUACAAUAUCAAAAGGAAACUGCAUGUGACUUCCAAGGUCUUGCAAUGGUGACAACGCAGAAUGCUUCGCGAAAUAACUGCAACUUCACAAUUCAAAUAGAUGUCUCCCAAGCAUGGACGACCAUGCAAUCUCAAUCCAUGGCCACCGCAACAGUACUUGUGACAUUGUUUCUGCAGUUUGUUCUUUAUUUUCUAUUUUAACUUGAUAGUUAUUGUUAUUCUCAAUUUUUUUUUUAGUCAUCACAUUCAUACUCCUUCGUUUUGUUGUGGGGCUUACUUCACGUUAGAUUCUUGCGGUGAACUGGUUGAUUGUCUCUGUUCUGUGAUCGCUGACGUCUACAGUUCACUUUUGUACUCUGUACAUGUAUUCUUCUGUUGAGAAUGCAGUAUUUCCUUUUCUCUUUUCUUCAAAAA